AUGUCGGCGAGAACGGCGAACACGACGGAACCGGAUUCGGCUUCUCGCGUCGGUAGAACGAAUUCCGACGGAAUCAUCGACACGACGCCGUUUCUCCCUUCCUCCGACGUUUCGAGAACUGUGAGCGUUGAUGAAGAAAACGGCGGAAUUCAGCGAUCCGCUAGACGACAAGGUCUUAGAGAAGCAGCGAGGUUUCUCCGUCACGCUGGGAGCCGGAGGAUGAUGCGUGAGCCGUCGAUGUUGGUUAGAGAAACGGCUGCUGAACAAUUGGAAGAGAGACAGAGUGAUUGGGCGUAUUCUAAGCCUGUGGUGUUUCUCGAUAUUCUGUGGAAUCUAGCUUUUCUGGCGAUCGGUGUUGCUGUUCUGAUUCUCAGCCGCGACGAGCGGCCGAAUAUGCCGUUACGGGUUUGGGUGGUGGGUUACGGUAUUCAAUGUGGUCUACAUAUGUCUUGCGUGUGCGUUGAGUAUAGGCGGAGGCAGAUGCGGCGGAGGAGAGGCUCGGGAUACCGAUUAUCAUCAUCUGCUUCCUCUCCUUCUUCGUCGGAGGAUGGUGGUCUGAGGUUUACGAAUUCGUCGCAGCAGUACGUUUCGUUAGCGCAAUUGGAAGAUAGAGGAACUACCAGUAAUUCUGCGAAGCAUCUAGAAUCAGCCAACACAAUGUUCUCAUUCAUUUGGUGGAUAAUCGGCUUCUAUUGGGUAUCUGCAGGAGGCCAAACACUAUCUAAUGACGCUCCUCAGCUCUAUUGGCUGUGUAUCAUUUUUCUCGGUUUCGAUGUUUUCUUUGUUGUUUUCUGUGUUGCACUGGCUUGCGUUAUCGGCCUUGCUGUUUGCUGCUGUCUUCCAUGUAUAAUUGCAAUCUUAUAUGCUGUGGCGGACCAGGAGGGAGCAUCGAAAAACGACAUAGAUCAAAUGCCAAAAUUCAGAUUUAGAAAGGUUGGCAACGAUGAAAAGCUCCCUGGCGAAGCUAGUAACCAAGGAAUAAUGACAGAAUGUGGAACAGAUUCACCUAUCGAACGCUCGCUUUCUCCAGAAGACGCGGAAUGUUGCAUUUGUCUAUGUGAAUAUGAAGACGGGGUAGAACUAAGAGAACUCCCUUGUAACCAUCACUUUCACUGCACUUGCAUUGAUAAAUGGCUUCACAUAAACUCUCGAUGUCCGCUUUGCAAGUUCAACAUCUUGAAGAAUGCAAACGAAGUCUAG